CCAUUGAAAACAAACUAAGGUUCACCACAUCAUUUGGUUCAAUCAUGGACUCUUACAAGAUGACUGAAGAAGAGGAAGGGCUACUUAGAGUGAAUCAAAUAAACGGGGGAAUAGUUCUUCCUAUGGUAAUUAAAACCGCUAUCGAACUCGAUCUCUUUGAGAUCAUGGCAAAGACUCCUGGUAGCAACUUCUCUUGUUUUGAUCUUGCUUCUAGCCUUCCAAAACAAACCCAUGAAACACCAGCGUUAAUUGAACGAAUUCUUCGGUUUCUCGCUAGCCAUUCGGUUCUUACAUCAACUGUAGUAAAGGAUGAACAUGGAGAUUCUAAGAACUUCUAUGGCAUGACAGUGGUGUCCAAUAAUUUUGUCCGAAAACAAGACGGAACGUCUCAUGCUUCAUCAGUUCUCCUUAUCUACGAUAAAGUAUUUGUUGAUUGUUGGUACCAUUUGAAAGAUGCAGUUCUUGAGGGAGGGGUCCCAUUUGACAAGGCUCAUGGGGUGAAUGCAUUUGAGUAUCCUGCAAAAGACAAUAGAUUCAAUAAUGUAUUCAACAAGUGCAUGUAUGACAAUACAAGAAUAGUGAUGAAGAUGAUCCUUGAAAAGUACAAUGGUUUUGAAGGGGUCAAAGAGUUGAUUGAUGUAGGUGGUGGUUUAGGUGCAAACCUUGAGCUUAUUGUUUCCAAGUACCCUAACAUUAAGGGGACCAACUUUGAUCUACCUCAUGUCAUUAAGGAUGCACCUCCUUACCCAGGUGUGGAGCAUGUCGGUGGAAAUAUGUUCCAAAGCGUUCCUAAAGGAGAUGUUAUUUUCAUGAAGUGGAUACUACACGACUGGGGUGACAAUUAUUGCAUCAAGCUUCUAAAGAACUGUUGGGCGGCUUUGCCGGAUUGUGGUAGGGUGGUGGUGGUGGAAGCAAUCAUUCCGGACCAGGAUAGUGAUUCUAGUUGUGGUGAUGAAGUUGGUAAGACCGUCAUUGGUGGUGAUAUGAUCAUGUUGAUUGCUAACCCUGGCGGCAAAGAGCGAACCGCAAAAGAAUACAACGUUUUGGCCAAAGAGGCUGGAUUCACUUCUAUGGAAAUUGUUUGCCGGGUCUCUAUGUUUUGGAUCAUGGAAUUCUACAAGAAUAAUUAACUUAUGCAUUGCCGGGUCUCUAUGUUUUGGAUCAUGGAAUUUUACAAGAAUAAUUGUCGUGUAAUCUGGAAUUGACGUUAAGGGACUUUAUAUUCAAUUUCUUUUUAUAUGAUAACAAGUUAACAAAGAAAAAUUAAACAUCA